UCCAGGUUGCCCGACUGGGGGUUUGCGCAGGAGUGAAGAGCCGCCCAAGGCGAAUUAACUGGUUUCUGAUUGGCUGUCCGGAGAAAAUGACUGGGCUUCGCGGUCCACCGCCGAGAGACUAGAGGAGGCGGGGUCGCUGGACUUUGGGCGCGAGCGGUUGAAAGACAGUUGGUGUCGGUUCGGCUGUCAAAGUCCGGUCCCGCCGCCCAGCCCGGCUCCAUGGAGGACCCUGAGGAGCUGCUGGUUUCUUCGCCUCCCCCGCCGCCUCCCUCCUCUCCCUCUUCAAACUCAUCUUCAGCAUCUUCCCCAGGCGUCCCGGGGAGUUUGGGAUGGCCGGUUCCAAGCAGGAGCAGCGGCCGGACAGUGGACCCCCUGGAGGAGGUGGAGCUGCAGAUCGGAGACGCAGCAUUUUCCUUAACCAAACUUCUCGAAGCCACAUCUGCAGUAUCAGCUCAAGUGGAAGAGCUUGCCUUCAAAUGUACAGAAAAUGCACGUUUCCUUAAAACAUGGCGGGACCUCUUGAGAGAAGGCUAUGAUUCCUUGAAGGCUGACAACUGACUUGCCAUGUAAUAGUCCAUGUGUUCUCACGAUAUUUGCAGAUGUACCAUAUGGAUAGGAUAAUCCAGCAGUUCUGUGAAAUGAAAAUGAAAUUUUGCUUGGUUUUCUUCAUUUUGUGAAAAUAGAAUGUUAUUUUUGAUGCUGACUAGUAUUUAUCUUUAAAUACUUAAUGUCUGCUAAACUUUCACACAAUCUUUUAUGAAAGUUAAUUCAAUCAGUAGAUAAUAUAAUGCCACAGUGUUACCAGUCACAAACUAGAUAGACCAUUUGUUUGAUUUGCAAGAAGAUACCAAGCAUGGCAGAGUUUGAAGUUGAGCCUCAUUUUUUUGGAACAAAGGAGAUGACUUUAAGGUUUAUCACUGUUUGACUCAGCUCUAUUUGGCUAAUUUCCGUAGAACCAGUUAUUGUGUCUUAUUUAAUUCUGUAUUUUCAGCACCUAGAACAUUGUUAUACAAUAAUCACUAAAUGUUCAGUGACAAUACAGUUAAAAGCAGCGUUUUCUCCCUGUUUUUAGCAUGAAGAUUAUAAAUUUUUCUUGAAGAAAUAUUUGAGUCAGAACCUCAUUAACUUGGAGAAAAACAUUAACAUUAUUGCUCUCUUUUUUAACAGGGAUUUGAACUUUAACUAGUAACAUCUUUUUAAAAUACAAAUUUUUUUGCCCUUCUCUGAUGGAUUUUCAAAAAAGAAAAUGAAACUUGACUUGAAAGAAUGCACAUUUUUUCCCCUAUUUAUUUCUAAGGUUAACUGAUUUUACAGAAAUUUCUUGUAUACAAUGUUGUUAUAUGUUUGGUUGCUCUUUUAAAAGUGCCUUAUCAGAAUUAUGGCUGUGUAUUAUUACUUUUGGAGCUUUACAAGUAAUAAUCCUAAAUUCUUUCUUUUUUUUUUUUUUUGUCUUGCCAUUUCUUGGGCCGCUCCCGCGGCAUAUGGAGGUUCCCAAACUAGGGGUCGAAUCGGAGCUGUAGCCACCGGCCUACACCACAGCCACAGCAACACCAGAUCCGAGCCGCGUCUGCGACCUACACCACAGCUCACGGCAACGCCGGAUCAUUAACCCACUGAGCAAGGGCAGGGAUCGAACCUUCAACCUCAUGGUUCUUAGUCGGAUUCGUUAACCACUGCACCACGACGGGAACUCCAUAAUCCUAAAUUCUAAAUGUAAUAGUUAAUUAAAACUAAACAAGUUACUUUUUUAAAUGCGUCAAAUUUAUUUUUAUUUUUAUUUUAUUUUAUUUUGCUUUUUAGGGCCACACCCAAGGCAUAUGGAGGUUCCUAGGCUAGGGUUCAAAUCGGAGGUUCAGCUGUCAGCCUGUUCCACAGCCACACCAACGCCAGAUCGGAGCAGCAUCUGCAAGCUACAGCACAGCUCACAGCAACACUGGAUCCUUAACCCACUGAGCGAGGCCAGAGAUCAAACCACAACCUCAAGGUUACUAAGUCGGAUUCAUUUUUGCUGUGCCAAAAUGGAACUCCCAAAUGCAUAAAAUUUAUAUGAUGUAAUUGUUUUCACAUUGUUUGACCUUAAUAACAUUGUUCUGUUUUAAUUGUCCUGUAUCUUAGGUUGUGCGCUCUCUUUUCUUUGGUGGGUUUGUGUUAUAUGUGUCAGUGAUUAAGCGAGCUACUUCUCCACUGUAUAACUUCAGGACACUCUGAUAUGGAAUCUUAAUUCUUUGUAGGUAUGGAGGUAUGUAUAGAACUAUAUUCUAAGCCCCAUAAUGGCUGUGAAAGGGUACAAAUAGAUGGACAGAGGAUAGUUUUGUUCAGUAUAUUAGGUCAUAGCUCUUAAAGAGAACACCCUUGGUGUUCCUAUACCAAAGAAAUGUUUAUUUUGAUACUAGAAAAAAAAAUUUUUCUUAUAUGUUGUAAAAAUUGCAAUUUUUAAAAUGAACAAAAAUAAACUCUUGUUCAAAGCAAUGUGUUUUCCAUUUCUUUGGUUUCAUUAUUUUAAAAGUUCGAUUGUGCUCAUGUAGUCCCACCAGGCAGAUUGAAUAAAUUAUUCCAAUUUUA